AUGCGUUUAAAUGUCGCUAGUGCAGCAAAACAGGUGCCUGCGACACUGCCUCAUCCAUCAUUUGAGGAAGGAGAGCGACAGUCAUGGGCGGCACUAGAAACUGAAGCCAAAGUGUCCAGGAGCAGCAAAGAGGAGCGGGCCGCCCUGUCAAUUCCAGAUCGAGAACGUUCAUUUCGCACUGAUAACUCUGAGGAAGAUGGCUGGCCCCAGCAGGCGCUUUGGCACUCUAAUCGGAUCACUCCACGAAACGGGCUCAGCCCAAACAAUAUGAGAAACGUCGAAGACUGCCGUCUCGGCAGUGAUGCUCCAAACUGGCAGCCAGAGCCCUCAUCCAAUUCGGCUUCUCCAAGCGCCUCGGGGACACGUCGACGGAGCCUGUCCGCUGGCUUCUUGCAGAGCUUCAACAGCACACAUCCGGCGGGACUGAACGACAAGCGGCGAAAUGGCCAACAGACCGAUCGUGCAGCGCGCCACACACUGCGACAGUGA